AUACGAAAAAAGAACAGCCAAGGAAGUAACUCCACUUAGAACUCAACCGUACGCAAAAAAACCCAGCACCCUAACAAAACAAACACAAUUCUUCACAAUUCAAAGCAAUACUAAACAGCUUCGAACCCCAACAGUCCAGACCAGAAAGCUUUAUCCAUUCACCAGACAAGAAAACCCAUUCAAACAGAAACACAAUAGAAUCCCCCACUCAAGCAAAGUUGGGACGAACAGAUAG